GCUUGGCGGUGAUCGUUUGGCUUGGCGGUGGUCGCUUGGCGUGGCAGUGAUCGCUUGGCUUGGCAUUUCUGGCUUGGCGGUGCUCCUUUCACAGAUUGGAAACCGCGAGCUUUCCUGCUGGGAGGUUGUGGCCAAGGCAGUAGCUCGCUACUGAUGGCCUCCAGGGGUGGAGAAAAGCGGGGAGGGUCUGAGGGGUCUCCGAAACCGACAGUCUCCGCCAUGAGGAAGACCCCUAGCGUCGGGAGCGUCCGGAGCCAGGAGGACCAGUUGUCCUUAAGCUACCAGGGGGACCGGUGGUCCUCAGACUCCAGCUGGUUAAGCGACAGCGCGGGCAGCGACAGCGCGGGCAGUGACAGCGCAGGCAGCGACAGCGCGGGCAGCGACAGCGAGCACGUUGAGGGCGCCUUAGACCAGCCUCAGCACGACGUCUGCCUGGAAGAUCCCUGCGAGCCCCACAGAGCUGCCCGGUCGGGCGACGUCCCUGGGGUGGAGCGCGUCCUGGCUCCUGGAGACCCUGGCGUGAACAAGAGGGAUAGGAAGGAGAGCCUUUGGCACCUAAUUCCUGAAUGUAAGAUGGAACAGUCACCUGAAAGUCUUCCUCAGAAUAACAAUCCAGAUUGGCAUCCUACUAAUUUGACCGUUAGUGAUAAGACUUGUCAGAAAUCCAAGAUUCUGAGCGUUGAUGAUCAGUGUCCAUCUGUAUCACCAUCAAUGCCUGAAAAUCAGUCAGCAGCCAAAGAAUUGGGACAGAUGAACUUAACAGAACAAGAAAAGAUGAACGUCUUGGGGAAUGGUAGUCUCCAUGACCUGUGCCAAUCACAGCUACCAGAAAACAAAGAGAGCAAAGAAGCAGAACAAGACUUGGAGCUGACAUCAGAGGAAGAGCAAGAAAGACUUAAAGGACAUGAAAAUAAGCAGCCACAGAAAAUGUCUCAAGAACCGGAAAUGGCUAAGGAUUGUGAUAGAGAGGAUAUACCUGUAUAUUCAAUACUUCCUCAUGCGCAAAAGUCUGAGGAAAUGUGGAUCGAACAAGGUAAAUUAGAGUGGAAAAACAAAUUAAAACUUGUCACAAAUGAGUUAAAGCAGAGGUUUGGUGAAAUUCGUGAAACAUACAAAAUUCCGGUUUGUCCUGAGGAAGAGCCACUACUUGAUAACUCUAUGAGAAAAACAAAUGUAAAAGACAUUCCCUUUAAUUUGACAAAUAAUAUACCUGGUUGUGUGGAAGAAGAUGCAUCUGAAGUGUCUGUCUCAGUGGUAUUCGAGACAUUUCCUGAACAAAAUGAACCCAGUCUCAAAAGUAUCAUCCAUCCAUACUUUCAUCCAUACUCUGGGUCCCUGCAACAUGCUUGCCAGUCAUCUUCUAAGCUUCAUUUACAUGAAAAGAAAUUAGACUGUGACAGUGAUAACAAACCAGGCGUUGAACAUAUUUUUAGUAUGGAUGAAAACUUUAGUAAUGAUGCAGGCACUAAGAAAGCAAGGAACCCAGAAGAGGUUACAGUUGAAAUGAAAGAAGACCAAGAGUUUGAUUUGCAAAUGACAAAAAACAUGAACCAAAAUAGUGACAGUUGCAGUACAAAUAACUAUAAAAGUCUGAAACCUAAAUUAGAAAAUCUGAGUUCUUUACCACCAGAUUCUUACAGAACAUCAGAAGUAUAUCUACAUGAAGAAUUACAGCAAGACAUGCAAAAGCCUAAGACUGAGGUUGACAGGGUGGAAGAAAUGUUCCUGGCUUUGAAGAAAGAAAACGUUCAGCUUCAGAAAGAGAAAUCCCAGAGACAUAGCGAGUCAGAGCCUUCCUUACAAUCAGAGGAUGCAGAGGAUGCAGAUGAGCUUUUAAGGGUCCUGAGCACAGAUCUUGAAUUUCUUGAUUUGGAUCAAAUCAGUCCUGAGGAACAGCAGAUUAGUUCCCCUGCAAGGCAGCCCUCGGGAGAACUUCAGGAGAUAACCCACCAGAUGCCCCAAGAUGAACUGGGACGAGAAAGAAGGGACUUGGAGCCAGAAAGCAGAGAGGAGGGACAAGAAAGGAGAGUAUGUGACAUCCAGUCCAAAGCAGGGAUCUCCCGGCAGUCAUUGAUGUCCAGCACCACAGAGGACAUUCUGUUUCAAAAGGAUGAAAGUGCCUGGGUGUAUCCCUUGAAAAAAACCCAAAGAGAUAGCAAGUCAAAGCCUUCCUUGCAAUCAGAGGAUGCAGAGGAUGCAGAUGAGCUUUUAAGAGUCCUGAGCACAGACCUUGAAUUUCUUGAUUUGGAUCAAAUCAGUCCUGAAGAUCAACAGAUUAGUUCCCCUGCAAGGCAGCCCUUGAAAGAACUUGAGGAGAAAACUGACCAGAUGCCCCAAGAUGAACUGGGACGAGAAAGAAGGGACUUGGAGCCAGAAAGCAGAGAGGAGGGACAAGAAAGGAGAGUAUGUGACAUCCAGUCCAAAGCAGGGAUCUCCCGGCCAUCACUGAUGUCCAGCACCACAGACGACACCCUGUUUCAAAAGGAUGAAAGUGCCUGGGUGUAUCCUUUGAAAUCCCAGAGACAUAGCGAGUCAGAGCCUUCCUUACAAUCAGAGGAUGCAGAGGAUGCAGAUGAGCUUUUAAGGGUCCUGAGCACAGAUCUUGAAUUUCUUGAUUUGGAUCAAAUCAGUCCUGAGGAACAACAGAUUAGUUCCCCUGCAAGGCAGCCCUCGGGAGAACUUCAGGAGAUAACCCACCAGAUGCCCCAAGAUGAACUGGGACGAGAAAGAAGGGACUUGGAGCCAGAAAACAGAGAGGAGGGACAAGAAAGGAGAGUAUGUGACAUCCAGUCCAAAGCAGGGAUCUCCCGGCCAUCACUGAUGUCCAGCACCACAGACGACACCCUGUUUCAAAAGGAUGAAAGUGCCUGGAUGUAUCCCUUGAAAUCCCAGAGACAUAGCGAGUCAGAGCCUUCCUUACAAUCAGAGGAUGCAGAGGAUGCAGAUGAGCUUUUAAGGGUCCUGAGCACAGAUCUUGAAUUUCUUGAUUUGGAUCAAAUCAGUCCUGAGGAACAACAGAUUAGUUCCCCUGCAAGGCAGCCCUCGGGAGAACUUCAGGAGAUAACCCACCAGAUGCCCCAAGAUGAACUGGGACGAGAAAGAAGGGACUUGGAGCCAGAAAGCAGAGAGGAGGGACAAGAAAGGAGAGUAUGUGACAUCCAGUCCAAAGCAGGGAUCUCCCGGCCAUCACUGAUGUCCAGCACCACAGACGACACCCUGUUUCAAAAGGAUGAAAGUGCCUGGAUGUAUCCCUUGGUUGAAGAAGAAGUGGAAAAGCAGAGAAGUAAUAGCACAGAAUUAUCAGGAAACCCAGCUCAUGGUGCUGCUGCUGGCAAUAAUGAUGAUGGACUAAAUCAGCAGUUUCCUAGGAAGAAGAAGAAAGGGCAUGACAGGCCUGCAGAUAAAACAUCUAAUGAAAAGAACAAGGUCAAAAACCAAGUACAUCCUGAGGCUGACUUUGCUGACUCAGUGGGGCCAUCUGAAACGACCUCAGAGGAUUGUGAGUUAUCUCACUCUACUUAUGAGAAUUUUUUGUUGCUGAUUGAACAACUUGGAAUGGAGUGUAAAGAUUCUGUUAGCCUAUCAAGAAUCCAAGACACAUUUUGUUUCUAUGAACACUUACUGAAACUUAAGAAUAAUGACUAUGAACAACUUACAGUAAAAAUUAAACAAACAGAAAAUAUGGUCAGUGUACUACAAAAGGAGCUAUCUGAAACAAAAAAGACAGAAUUACAGUUAGAGCUUCAAAAAAUUGAAUUGGAGAAACAGCUGUACAGUUUGAGACUUGCCUUAAAACAAGAAAAAGAGGAGAAAGGAAAUGCUGUCAUGUUAUAUAAUAAAUAUAGUGAACGGUUAAGACUAAAAGAAGAGGAAUGUGGGAAAGAGGUUGAAAUGAAGCAACGACUUAAAUGGACACUGAGAAGACUCGUUAAGGAGUUGAAGACAGUAAGAAACAACUUGGAUCUGGUUGUGCAGGAGCGAAACGAUGUCCAGAAGCAACUUUCUGAAGAACAGAAUGCCAGAAUAUUACAAGAUCAGAUUCUGACGAGUAAACAAAAGGAGCUAGAAAUUGCUCAAAAGAAAAUUAAUUCUGAGAUUUCUCAUAGGCAUAAAAAAGAAAAGGAUCUCUUGCAUGAAAAUUGCAUGUUGCAGGAAGAAAUUGCCUUGCUGAGACUGGAAAUAGAUACAGUAAAUAAUCAGAACCAGCAAAAGGAAAAGAAAUAUUUUGAAGACAUUGAGGUUGUGAAAGAAAAGAAUGAUAACCUUCAAAAAAUUAUAAAACUAAAUGAGGAAAAAUUAACAAAAACAAUACUGCAGUACAGUGGACAGCUGAACGAUCUGACAGCUGAGAAUAAAAUACUCAAUUCUGAACUGGAAAAUAAGAAACAGAACCAAGAAAGACUGGAAAUAGAAAUGGAAUCGUAUCGCUGUAGACUGGCUGCUGCUCUACGUGAUUGUGAUCAAAGUCAGACAUCAAGAGACCCAAAACUUGAUUUCCAGAGAACAAGACAAGAGUGGGUUCAUUUACAGGACAAGAAAAACGUUGAUAUGUCUGACCUACAAGCUAAGACUGAGAUUCUUUCUGAAAAACUUUCUAAUGCUGAAAGUAAAAUCAGCAGCCUACAAAUUCAGCUCCAUAACACAAGAGAUGCUGUUGAAAGAAAGAGUUUGAUUUUGGAACGUUUGCAAAGAGACCUCAGCCAAACACACUGUGAGAAGAAAGAAAUUGAACAAAUGUACCAAACUGAACAACGCAAACUGAAGAAAUACAUUGCCAAGCAGGAAUCUGUAGAGGAGAGAUUAUCUCAACUACAAAAUGAAAAUACAUUGCUUCCACAGCAACUUGAUGCCCACAAGAAAGCUAACAGUCAGGAAAAGACAAUCAGUACUAUCCAAGACCAAUUUCAUGCUUUUGCCAAAAAUCUUCAAGCUGAGAGUGAAAAGAAGAUUCUUUCACUACAAGAGAAGAACAAGGAGUUGAUGGAUGAAUAUAAUCAUUUACAAGAAAGAAUGCAUCAAUGUGAGAAAGAGAAAGCACGAAGAAAAGUAGUUAUGAGACAACUCCAACAAGAAUGGACCGAUCCCCUAAAACAACAACCUACAUCAGAGGCUACAUCACGUUGUCACAUUAAUUUAGAUGAGACACUCAAUUCAAAGAAGAAAUUGGGUCAAAUCAGAAGUGAAGUUGACCUUAUAGAAGCACAGGAAACUGCACCUUUACGAUGUCUACAUCUGGAUGCAGAGAAUGAAGUUCUUCAACUUCAACAGACAUUAUUCUCUAUGAAAGCAAUACGAAAGCAAUGUGAAACACUACAGAAGAAUAAGAAGCAGCUGAAACGAGAAGUAGUAAACCUCAAAAGUUAUAUGGAGAGAAAUAUGUUAGAAUGUGUUGAAGCUGAACAGCAUAAACUGUUGAUUGAAGAAAAAGCAAAGAAAGAUAUAGCAGAAAAAUUAAACGAAGCCAUUCUCACCUUGCAGAAACAAGCAGCAGUAUCUCAAGAACAGUUAGCACAGUUAAGGGAGGAUAAUACUACUUCAGUAAAAACUCAGAUGGAACUCACAAUCAAAAAUCUGGAAUCUGAAAUCUCCAGAAUAAACACUUCAUCAGCCGACUUUAAUAAAACCGAAUUGGAAAGAUAUAAGGAACUCUACCUAGAAGAAGUAAAAGUUAGAGAAUCCUUGUCAAAUGAACUGAAUAGAACUAAUGAGAAGAUAGCAGAGGUCAGUGCACAACUUACUGUGGAGAAAGAGCUGACCAGAUCUCCAUUCGCUGCUUGUAGUACAAGGCCCAUCCUAGAGCCACCUUGUGCUGGAAAUCUUAAUGAUAGUGAAGAUCUCAACAGAAAACAUAUUCCAAGAAAAAAGAAGUCUGCUCCUGAGAGCAUGGAGAGCUACUUGUUGAAGAUGCAGCAGAAGUUUCAAAAUGAUAUAACUAGAGAAGUAACAGCUGCUACUAAAUGUGAACCUGAACCAUAUGUAGCUUCUCCUCCAGAAUCUGCAUACCAGAAAAAUCUGAAUCAAGAUCCAGUGUUGGAAGCAACAAAAGAAUAUGCACAGAUUUUAAGCAGAAAAUACAUGAUCUGAAAGAUAAGGCAAUUUUCUUUCUGGGCUGUUGACAUGAUAUUUUGUUUCCCAUUAAGUAUAUGAUGUGAACAUUUUUACUAAAGGGAAAUAUUCUGUAUUAUACAUGUCUGAUGAAAAUUUGUAUAGUAUUUUAAAUAAUGUUUCUUGGCCUCUUCAGCUAACUUUUAAGUGAUUUUGCGAAUGAAAACCACUAUUAUUGAGUUUUACUUACUCAAACCACCCAAAUGUUAGCUGUUUAAACAGCCAAAUAAUCAAGUUGCCAUUAACAAUUUAGUGGAGUCAACUGAUGGCUUAUUUAUAUUUUAUAAUUUUUAUCUUUAUAUAUAGUGAUAGAUUUAAGUUUAGAUAGACAUUAUUUUGGUAUACUGGUACUGUGGUCAUUGUCAAUGUUUGGAUGUAUUGCAAUUGUUAUAGUGCAAUAAAACUUAGAUAAUUUUAAUUUUAA